GCGUGUUAUGGCAGAGGCUUUCAUUGGUUUGAGUGUGCACGUCGAACUUGGUAGCGGCACUUCGUUGGAGGGAACUGUAUCUCAUAUUGAUUCUCACACACAACUGUUAACUCUUAAAAGUGUAAAAUUAAACAACAACGGCCGCAUCCAACAACUCGCUAUUUAUGGAGUAGCUGGCACAGACAUUAAAGAUCUCCAAAUACUUUCUUCGAACCAAUUAAACCAAUCAAAUAAUUCUCAACAACAACGACAAGUACAACCUCCUUAUAAUAAUUCAAAAACUCUAGAAACCGCUAUACUACCUUCGAAGAACGCCGUCCCCGCUUCAAACAACGUUACAAAAUAUGGAACAACUCAAAAUCAAAUAAAUUCUUCUAACCU